AUGCUUUGGGGCAUUUGUGUGAAACCGGACAGGCAGUGCAGCCAAAUUGUGAAAAAAGAUUAUCGUAUUUCACAAGCCACAUUGGAACUGGCAAAUGACGCAGAUGAUACAUUCCGAAAGGUUUGGGUCAAAAAAGGAAACAAGGCACAACUGAUUGCUUGUCUAAGCCGCUCUGUACCGAAUGCUAGACUCGAUUUGCUUUUAACAAUUGGAGACAAGGUGACAUUUUACACACAAGGUGCAAAUGAAAACGUUUUCUUGACUGGUUUUUACAUUCCACCUCACGAUGUUGAUGUCAAUUCAUCUGGAACAAACGAAGUUGAACACGAUAAAAUUGAAGAAUCAAACCAUUCACUCACCAAAGCAGCUCCUGUAAUCACCAAAUCUACAACUCGAAGUACCAUAAAUCAAACGUUUGAAUUGGAAGAUGGUUUUGUUGGAAAUCUUGAUGACGAUACUAAUUUCAACGAUUUUGAUGAUGCUACGUCGUUUUACAACGAAGAAGGAAAUGAUUUUAGUACAGCUAGUUCACCAUUCGCCCCAAAUCCACCCACAGUAUUCAGCCAAAAUUGUAUGGCAUCACAAAACACAAAUCAUUCCCAGCUCAAUCUCAACAGUGACGUUGAUCAAUACGCACAUGUUCCAGCUGACUACUUACAAGUAAGAAAUACAACCAACGAUUUGACCGAUAUCAAUCAACAUACAAUCAUUGCACAUCACAGCUAUGUCAAUAAUCCUGCAGGACCAUUUACAAAUCGUGCAAAUAAAAGACGUACAGAAACGGUAACAUCACAAUUACCCAAAAUACAAAAGACCAGCGCAAUUUCAUUGAAAACCCAAAACAAUGCUACUGUUUUCAAACCAAUCAAGUUACCGCAGCCACCGAAAAUUACGCCAACUCGAACAAACGAAAAUACAGGCCAAAAGGUAGUGUCGAAACCAAAGGAAAAAACAGUCAAACAGACAAAAAUUCAUGCAGCACAUGUGCCUGUGAUUGAACGCGAUGGAGGUGUCAAAACCCAAGAUUAUCAAAUUGGUGAUGGAGAAGAGGCAUUGAACGGUAAAUUGGUUCAUAUAAAGUACAAGUUGUCCGUGCCACCGUACAAAGUACCGGUUGCUACGUCGGAAACAUCAUUUAUUCUUGGAAAUAAUUCAUACAUCCAAGGAUUGAACAUUGGAUUGGUGGGCAUGCGAGCCAGUGGUAAGCGCUACAUUGAAUGCGGCCCACAUGUAGCAUUCCGUGAACGUGGUCUACCCCCAAAAAUUCCACCGAAUUCUCCCUUAUUACUGAACGUGGAGUUAAUUUCCGUCAAUUAA